GGACCGGGACCGGGCCGGGGCCGGUCGGGGCAGGCGGGGGGGGGGGUGGGUGUGUGUGUGUGUCUCCGCGGCGCGGCGGGGGAUGCGGUCGGCGGGCGCAGCAUGCUGUGGGGGGUGGGCCUGGCGGCGCCCCGCUCCUGCGUGGCGGACCUGAGCCGCAACCGCAGCCUGUCGCUGGGGUGGUGCGCGGGGCCCGAGGAGCCGCCGCCCGCCUUCUAUGGGGGCGAGAUCGUCGCCUUCCCGCUGGCGGGCGGGGGCGCGGGCGGCACCAUGGCGGCGCUGGGCUCCGACUCCUGGUGGAAGAAGACGCUGUACCUGACGGGCGGCGCCUUGCUGGCCGCCGCCGCUUACCUGCUCCACGAGCUGCUGGCCAUACGGAAAGAGCAAGAGCUUGAUUCGAAAGAUGCCAUCAUACUGCAUCAGUUUUCAAGGCCUACCAAUGGUGUUCCAAGUUUAUCUCCCUUCUGCCUGAAAAUGGAAACUUACUUGAGGAUGGCUGAUUUACCUUACCAGAACUACUUUGAUGGAAAACUUUCCCCUCAAGGGAAGAUGCCUUGGAUUGAAUACAAUCACAAGAAAGUGUCUGGCACUGAGUUCAUUAUUGACUUUUUGGAAGAGAAACUUGGAGUGAAUUUAAAUAAACACCUUGGUCCACAUGAAAGAGCUGUUUCCAGAGCCGUGACGAAGAUGGUGGAGGAGCACUUCUACUGGACUUUAGCUUAUUGCCAAUGGGUGGAAAAUCUUCACGAGACGCAAAAGAUGGUGUCGCUUUUUGGCCCCUUCAGCGACUUGCUGAAGUGGAUCCUGUGCCAUCUGACCAAAGGGAUCGUGAAGCGGGAAAUGUACGGCCACGGCAUUGGCCGCUUCUCGGAGGAGGAGAUGUACACGCUGAUGGAGAAGGACAUGCGGACUCUAGCAGGCCUCCUGGGUGACAAGAAGUACAUUAUGGGAUCAAAUGUUUCCACUGUUGAUGCCACUGUCUUCGGGCAUCUGGCACAGGCAAUGUGGACACUACCAGGGACUCGUCCAGAGAGACUUAUCAAAGGUGAACUGAUUAAUCUUGCUAUGUAUUGUGAGAGAAUAAGGAGGAAAUUUUGGCCCGAAUGGCACCAUGAUGACGAUAACACUCUGUAUGAAUCUGAGGAAAGCAGCGAAGCAAGCAAGACUUAUUCCCCUUUGCAGGACUUCAGUUUUUAUUCAAGGACAGAAACAUUUGAUGAGGAAGGGAACAGUAUUUCUCAAACCCCUGACACAGAUUACACUGGACACUCCCUCUUUGAUUCAGAUGUGGACAUGGAUGAGUACAGAGAUCAUGAACAAUGUCAGGAAGAGGUUUAUACCACUUUGGAAGAGACCAUUGUGCUUGACUCAACUGUCACGUGCUACUUGGACUAUUUCAACCUUAUUUUGUUUUGUGUAACUGUUCAGGUGGAACCAAGGUACACAGUUAUUUAAAACACACAUGGGCAAACUGGAGGUCCAAGGGGUAACCGGACCUUUCAAUCUACAUUUUUUGUUUGUGUUCAAAACCAGCUUCUGCAAGCAGGUGGGACAGAACUCCAAGAAGUGGAGCAUUUGUCAGAACUGGUUUGUGUUGAUACAUUAUCUUUGCAGGAAUGGGUUGAGGACAAAAACGGAAGAGUCACGACUGGCACACCUUUCUCCCAUGGAAGAAAAUGAUUGAUGCUGUAUUCAUUUGGUGGAGUUUCAGGGGGAUUUUAUUUGAUAUCCGCCUGUACUCUGGGUGCAUAUGUUAUUACAGUGUCUGCAGGAAAGAACUGCUCUCAGGUCUUUUGGAGAGGAAAGGGAGGCAGGAGGAAAACAUAUUCCUACAGAAAGGAGCUUUUGAGUGUGUCUUGUUCUUUGCAGAAGAUUGAAAUUGGAUAUUUUUGUUCAGAAGGGAAAUGUCAGUUUUAACGUAUAAUCUCCCAAACACUCAUCCGGAAUGUGCUGGCCAAAUUUCUUCUGUUUUCAAAUUAUUAUUAUGGUUUUACUUCCUGCCACUGGCUGUUGUCUGCUAUUGUUAGGCUAAAGAAUUGGGAUUUGUUACCAACAUCCUGGUGCCUCACAGCGGUGGGUGCUUUGUGCCCUUUACCAACAGACGUGUCAAACCCGUGAAGCUCACGAUUUGGGGUAUUUCUAGGUGUGGGAUGCUGUAUAAAUGCAAGAUAUUGGCUCAGGCAAUUAAAUGCUUUAGAGCUGCCUGGGAAGGUGCUUCGGUGGGUGCUGGGCACUGUGCUGGUGCACAGUCCCUAAAGCCGACGCACGGGAGGCAGUUAGGGUAGGACAGCUGUGUCAGCACCGCCGCCCGUGGGGAUUUCUGGGCGCUGAAAGCGUGACCAGGAGCGUGUGAAUCUGGAACCCCAAAUCCAGAAGGAUUACACAGGUGCUGACAUGCUUUGUGGUUGUGUCUCCCUAAAUGCAGGUUAGAGGUGAGAAUGAAUCCAUUGGAUUUACUCACCGCUUUGAAGGUAAGCAUGUACAUCCGUGCGGCUUGGCUGUGACUAGUUGGUUUUAAGUAGAGAUAAAGCACAUAGGACAUAUGACAGCUGUGGUAUUUGUAAACAUGCGUAUAAAAUUGGGUAUUUGCCUGCAGACUUUGGUGGUGGCUCAUCUAAAAAUAUUUUAAUUACGACUUUCUCAGUGAUGAAUCAGGAUUCGUCAGCAAAACUUUAAUAAUUUGUUGCUUGUGCCAUACGUUCUGGGAGCAGACUAGGCAGACAACUGUUUUAGGAUGUUGAUUGUUGAUAGUCCUAAGAGUCUGGAGCUUGAAAGAACUCCAGCUUUCAAAGAAUACCUCUCUUUUGGAUUCUGGAGUGUCUCCUGCAAAGGAAAGCUCUUGCUCUGGGGGAAACACCAAGCCAGUCACGGCUCUGAAAGCAGCGGGACGCAUGUCUGCAGUGAGUUCGUGCAUGGGAGCCAUGUGAGAGCUGACGAGUGUGGUGUGACCUGAGAUGGGUGUGAAUUUGUACCUGUUUCCUCAGUUCUCCAGGCAUGUCCUUGGAGCCAUGUUCCAGUCAACGGUCUCCGCUGUCGUGGGCAUGUAUCAUUUGCAAAGCAAACCAAAGCCGAGAAGGAGGAAGAUAUCGUACAGUAACUUGGGACCCUUAUCAGGAAACUAAGCACAGGAAUUAGGGCACAAGAAGAUAAGUCUCGGGCUUGAAAGCACAGAGGUGGUGGCCUGAAAUGCCUGUGAAAAUUCAGAGCCAAGUCAGGGCAGAUUCUACCUGCAAAAACGUAGGUAUGGGCGUUCCGGAUAAAACGCAUCCACGUCAAAAAACUCCUCUUUAAAAACGUGUGUGUGUGUGCGUUGGAAAUUCUGAUGGAGAUGUUCUCGUUCGUUUACCCACGUGUGUUUGAGGGCUGUGCUUUUUCCACCUCUUCAGCGCUGGGAGGGUGCGCUUGCAGCAGAUGAGUCCCAGUUACUAAAAGACCAGCCCCGAGUUGAGCGGACGGGGCCACCCUUAUACCGCCCGCGGGCUGGCAGGUCUGUCUGUGGCAGCCGCCCUUCGCCACACCCCGAAACACGGCUUAGCCAGAAGUCAGUGACCCCACUUUGCCCUCCCGGGUGCGUGCGGGUGGAGCCAGCGUGGGCACCCUGAGCGGUCCAGCUGGGCGGUUUUUGCUUCUGUUGUGGAAAAACUGGCGUGCCUCAGCAGAGGCUGAAGCUCACCCUGACUGGCCAGGUGAUGGGCUUUGCCCCUGGGGAGGGUGAAGAAGAAAAGAAGGGCAGGAAGGGGUUGCAGAAUGGGAAGUGUUUUUCUGCUGUGGGCUGAGUUUUUCAGGGUGAUAAUCAGUGAGGUGAAUGUAUUUUGCAGCUCGUCACAUGCCUUUUCUUUCUGAGGGACUACUCAGGUUACUUCAGAGGAGAAGUUAGUUGGCUUUCUCCUCAUGACAGCUCCUCUUGAUAAAGUCUGCAUUUUUGGGUUUGGUCGUGUUUCAAAUUAGAGGUGAAAUUAGGAAACGGCAUUUCUUUAGAAUUUAUAGGUGUAGUAUUUUGUCCAAGUUUGGUAGGAAAUCCUUGGGUUUAUUUAUCCCUUCUGGAAAGAAAUACUGACUGCUAGACCUCUUUUAAAAGGAUUUAAUCCAAGCUUUUUUCUUGGAAACCGGUCUUGGUAAAGUCUUCCAGGGGACCAAAAAAAAAAAAAUUAAAAAAAAAAAAAAUCUUUUGUAACAGCUGUGAAAAAGCGUUAGUACAUUUUGGUUUGCGUGGGAAAAGAGAGGGUGAGUUUCCUUCAAAAAAAAUAGAACAGAUUAAUUAUUUUUUUUGGCCUUCCAAAAUUCUGCUAAAAGAGCAGUGUUUUCCUGUCCUGCAGUGAGGGGUGUUUUGUUUUGUUUAUUUUUUUUUUGUUUUUUUUUGUUUUUUUUUUUUUGUUUUGUUUGUUUUUUUUUUUUUUUUAUGUUUCAUUUUGUUUUUUCACCUUCAAUCAUCUCUAUUUUUUAUCUUAGUGCUGAGGGGCUAUAUAGAACUAAAACCAGUAGGAGAACAUCUUUAUUUCCUCCUUUUUUUUUUUUUUUUUUUUUUUUUUUUUUUUGGGCCUCUUCCCUCACUGAUCAAAAUUGCAAGCAAGUCUGUGGCAGGGCUGCGGGAGGCCCUGGCCCCGUGCUGCUGCCGCGGGUCAGGGACAUCAGGUGGCUCUGCAGCUGUGAGCCCUGGGACAGCCGCGGGGUGCCGGCGGGUGAGCUGGGGCGGCCGCUUUCUGCUGGAGCUGGAGGGUGAUGGAUGCCACGCUCUCGUGUCCGAGGUGACACCCGUCGUGGGGGGGGAUUUUAGGAAGGAGGCAGCUGCCUGUGAGGUCUCAGAGAGCAUCUGCAGCUGCCAGCACCGAAGCUGGUUGUGGGCCCAGCCCCAGCCCCGGCUGGUUUUGGGUAGCCUGGUGGUUACGUGGUCCUGGCAGGAGGAAAGCGAGCGUGGGGCUCCUCCACGCUGUCCAGCCCCUCCGAAAAUAGGCCAGGGGGGCUCUUGGGUGGUCGGGGGAGGAGGCAGGGGGUGGGGAGGGUCACCACAGGAGGGCUUGGGCUGAGCCUGCGGCCUGGCUGGUGGCCCUGUUCGGCGGCCGGGCGGGAGCCCUGUCCUGCUCACGGGCUGCAGCACAGCCGCUCGUCCUGGUGAGGAGGCAGUGCCCUUCCUCCAGGUUACCUUACCUUAAAUACCUCCAGAGGCUGAGCACUGCCUUUGUUUCUGUAGUGCUGCUUUAAGAGGAUGGGUAAUUGGUCUGCUCCUCCUUUGGCAAAUGGGAAUUUAGAGCGAGCCCGGCAUUUCCAGUAGAGUUAGAUUUGAAGCAGUCUGUUUUUUCAUGUGAAUUGCAGUGUUUGACUGUGUACUGCUCUGUCACGUCAGAAGGGAUUUGUUUACCUCUGCCGGGCUCAUUGGCUCUGUCAGCAGAGCUCACUGUUACCGAGUGGGGGAAACAGGCGCUAGGAUAUAUAGGUCCUACAGAAUUCCUACAAAUGUGGUGCUUGAUUUAAAAACGAAACCGAACCCGAUGUUUCAGAUCUGGAGGACUGUUUCCGUCCAAUUAUAACACUGCAAGUCACACGUUUUGAUCUUUAAACCUUGACAAUGUCCCUCCAGAUCUGUAUUCUCUUUGAAAAAAUAUUUCCUGAAGUAUUUCUGCAGCAACAGUUCAAGCACAAAUUUCCUUUUGUCAGUGGUGUCUGCUCAAGUAAUCAUGACAGUUUCAUACUGUUUUCAUUGAAGGGGCUGUAUCCAUCAGAUACUAAGCCUUACAAAAUACUGCCUGCUGGAAAAGUGUGUUAUGUGUAGAUUUAUGCAGGGCAGCUCACCAAGUGAAAUUUCUGUGGCAGGGGAUGAAUUCAAGUGGGUCUUGUCCUUAGAUGUUUGAAUAAGAAUUUGAAUCUGUGUUCUGGCAAGUAUCUAUCUAGCCUAACCCUCCCCAUCCCUAAAAACUGCAAAAUUACGAAUUAGGCAUGUGAUUAAAUAAAGCAAAUAAUGCUCUCUAAAUGCAGGAUUAUGUUGGAUGGCCCAGUAGCUGGCAUCUGGAAGUGGAUAUACAUAGUGUAGGGGUGAGUCAUGCCCAUGCGUGUCAGUGGCAGUGAUCUGGAGGAGUACGGUUUUAAUCCUGUGGGCUGAGAGGACUAGAGGUACCUUUGAAUGACUGCAGUGGUUUUCAGCAGUUGAUUAGUGUUACAGGUAAUUGGUGUGAGCUGUGCUAUGCUCUGGGUAUUCGCCAGUGCCAGGUAGGCAGUGCAGGGACUCCGGCGCUGCAGUCGUCUGGGUCCCGGUGACGAAGGGCAAGGACAAAGAUCCGUUUGGGUUUGACCCCUUUACAGAGCACUGCAAGCCAGCACAGCUUGGAGCUCAGCAGUGACCGUGGGCCGUCGUGUCCCGCUGGUACCCUGCCGAGGGAAAGGUAUUCCCCUGUACCUCAUGGGCUGCUGGUGGGAGGGGGGAUUUGAUUUUCAGGCCAGUGACCCCGAGCCUCUACAGCUUUAACCUUAGUGAAGGAAAGUGUUGCAACAUGAAUCAGCUCGGUCUCGGUGGUUUUGGGCAAUCCUCUCUUUGAUCAUCAAGGAGGAUUUCUCUUGGCUUCCUUCCCUGUGGAAGUCACCCUAGCGUGAAGUACUUCUCAGCCAAGGUUUCUGCAGCUCCCUGAGGAGCUGGAGAAGAAACGGGAUGUCUGUGUACAGCCCAGGAAUCUCAGUUGAUGAAAACAUCCAGUGUGUCCCUACAGUGCUAAACUGUUAGUUCCGUGUUCUGGUUGCCCCACUUCCAGAUUUUGAAGGCCAGGGGAGAUUGUUACGGGCCUUUAGUCUGACUCGCGCAUAAAAAGGAUUGUAGGUUUUCAUCUAAUGAUUUCCACAUUCAGCUCAACAAACUAGGGCUGAAAUGGAGCAUAUGAUUCCAAAAGGCAUUCAACUUUUGCAGAACAAAUAAAAUCCUACCCCCUUUGAAGUCACUGACAAAAAUGCCAUUUGCUUCAGUGGGGCCAGCGUUUCCGACCGAGCUUCCAAGUGACCCAGAAUUUACCACUUCUCUUAUUCCUCUGUCUUAUUAUACUCACUGAAAAAUUUGCUGCCUUUGAGCAGUAAGGCAAACAAAGUGUGACCCCUGUUUUGUUUUGUUUUGUUUUGUUUUUUAAUCACUCUAAACAAAAUAAGCCAGUACUUUUUUGAUAUUCUCACUGGGCACCAUGUUUGCUUGUGUUCUUCCCUCACUUCUUUGUUUGUUCUUAUGACUAAUCUUUCCUUGAAUGUACAGGUUUUUAUUUUUCAGGAUACUUGAAGAAUGCAAGUCCCAAAGUUUUAAUCACUGGGGUGUGCAAUCCAGCAAGAAUAAAGUAUAUGUAGAUGGGUAUGGGGGGAGGGAUAUAUCCAGCUAGCUGCAGUGUAUGAAGUUUAACCAACAAAAUGAAGCAACACAUUGCAAAAUGAGGACUCUCAUGCUGUAGCUGCAUUAUGUUGUUUGUCUAUGAACUCCCAUGAGACAUAACAUUAUUUUAGCACUGUUAUUACUACUAGUUUAUAAAGCCAUAUUUAAAAUUGUACACUUAAUUGUAACAUAACUUUAAAUUGUGCACUGUGUUGAUCCAUGUAUAUAUAUAUAUGAAAAUCUGUAUAUUUUGUCUUUAUGCAGUAUGUCAUUGGUGUGUAAAUUAUAACUAAUGGAUCUAAAAUACCUUUCUGGUUCAUGUCCUUAUUCUGAAUGUGUUGGUGCUUUCUGCAGAGCUGUGGACUCACGGUGUUCUCCUCAGUGUGACAGUGGGGAGUGCAUGAAACUUCUAUGACCCUCACCUUCCCAGGAAAAUCCUUUAGCCACCAGCAUUAUUUGGAUGGGGUCGCCCUCACUGCUCGCCUCUCCCCUUGGCACCGCAGGACUUCGGAGGCCAGCACGAGGAAGGACUGCCCUUAAACUGGGCCAUCAGGAGAGGUCCCUGCUCCCUUCCCUCUCUGUGUUGUGGUUACUGCUACCAGUGUGAAAAUAAAUAAUCCUGAGAAGGGAA